GGGCGCAACUGAGUUGCGCGCAUCUUCUAGUUAUUUUUGCAGUGGAGGGAAAAUUGCAAAUUUCUUGCAGAGAGGGAAAAAAUGCAAGGAGUCAUUGAGGUUGCAAAGACAGCCAAAUGACUGGAAAGUUGUAAAAAGAAUAUAUCUGGAUCUGGAUCGAGGCAGGUCCAAGCUGCUGCGCUCCCAGGUGGGAAACUUCGCUCCGGAGCAGAGGGAGAGAAAGACGCGGAGCUGCAGCGGUGCUUGGCUUGGGGACCUGUUGAUGGAGUCGGCUGGUGAAGCGCAGAGGCUGACAGGGAAAGCAGAGACCUCCCUGGGCAUGGCCAGGCGAAAGCAGCGCGCAGGCAUCGGCUUGUGUUGAGGACACUGGACUGUGGGAGCUUCUGUCUUGAAAGCUGGUUUCUUUCUGGGACGCCCAAAGUCCGUGCUUCUCCAAGGGCACCGUGGGAAUGAGAAACAGAGGCCAGUCCUCAAGGUACCAUUGCCGGGAGCCUCCAAAACUGUCCGAGAUCUUCCAGACUACAAGUAUCCUGGAACGCACCGACAGCCUCAGUUUUUGUUUCAUCCCAGCACUGCCGCACGAGUAGGACUUGAGAACUCUGUGGUUCAGCAAGAGGACACAUCUGGGCCUGGUGGUACUGUGAGGCGUUUAGCGGUGGCAGCUGUGCUAUGAAUUGGUGUUUAUGGACUGUCUACCUCGGCCUGGUCUGCAGCAGCUUCGCUGAGGCGGCUAACGGUGAGGCAGAGCCCCGCGCUGUGGUUGGCCGGAAGGGUGAGAGCGCCAUUUUGGGCUGUGACCUGCUCAAGCCAGACGAGGCGAAUCCCCCCCUCUACGUCAUCGAGUGGGUGCGUUUUGGAUUCCUCCUCCCCAUUUUCAUCAAGUUUGGUCUCUACUCCCCGCGUGUUGAUCCGGAGUACAUUGGUCGUGUGAGAGUCUACCAGGGCGCCUCUCUCUGGCUUGACCAGCUGCGUGCCGAGGACCAAGGCUGGUAUGAGUGCAGGGUGCUCUUCCUGGACCGGCCCAGCAGUGACGACGAGUUCCAGAACGGCACCUGGGUCCACCUCACCGUCAAUUCUCCCCCCACCUUCCAGGAGACCCCGCCAGCGUUUGUAGAAGUGCAAGACAGAGAGCCCCUCGCCCUCACCUGCUCAGCCGCUGGCAACCCUCAGCCCUUCGUCACUUGGAAGAGGAACAACCAAGCCAUAAGAGGUGGAGACAAAGUGCAGGUGAAGAAUGGGACUCUCAUCAUUGCCAGUGUGGAGAGGGCCAGUGCUGGGACCUACUCUUGCCACGCCACCAGUAAGGAGGGCACCAUCACACAUACAACUCGCCUUCUGGUACAAGGGCCGCCGGUAAUUGUGGUCCCCCCUCAGAACGUCACUGUCAACCUCACCCAAGAUGCCUUUCUGGCCUGCCAAGCCGAGGCCUACCCUGCCAACCUGACUUACAGCUGGUUCCAGGGGAGUACAAACGUUUUUCACCUCAGCUACCUCCAGUCCCGCAUUCGUGUCCUGAUAGAUGGGAGCCUCUUGAUCCAGAAGACAACCCCAGAGGAUUCGGGACGGUACACCUGCGUUCCCAGCAACGGGCUAAGAAGACCGCCUUCUGCCUCGGCAUUCCUGACAGUUCUGUAUCCGGCCCGAGUCCGCAACAUGCCCCUGGAGACCCUCCUGCCAAUCGGGAUGCAGGGCACGAUCCUGUGCCCGUACAAGGCCAACCCUCCUCUGCUCUUUGUCAACUGGACCAAAGAUGGGCAGCCUCUGCAGCUAGGCAAGUUCCCAGGUUGGUCCACAAGACCUGAUGGUGCCAUCGUCAUCGCCACGGGAAAUGACGAUGCCCUGGGCAUGUACACUUGCACCCCGUACAACAGCUACGGCACGGCUGGCCCUUCAACGCCCACUCGUGUCCUCCUCAAGGAUCCUCCUGUGUUCACCCAGCGCCCCAAAGAGGAGUAUUUCCAGGAGGUGGGCCGCGAGUUGCUCAUCCCUUGUGCUGCUGGUGGUGACCCCCAGCCCAUCAUCUCAUGGACAAAGAUGGGCCGGAAAGGUCUCGCCAAAGCCCAGGUGGAUAAGAACAGCACCCUGGUCCUGCGCCCGCUGACCAAGGAGCAGCACGGAUUGUGGGAAUGUGCCGCCGAUAAUGGCGUGGCCCGAGUCAGCUCCGCAACUGCUGUUUAUGUAUUGGGCACCAGCCCCCACAUGGCGGCCAACGUCUCAGUGCUUCCACUCCCGCAGUCCGUCAACAUCACCUGGGAGCCCGGCUUCGACGGAGGCUACUUCCAGAGGUUCAGCAUCUGGUACACGCCGCUGUUGAAACGCCUGAACCGCCCUCACCACGACUGGGUUUCACUACCGGUACCCGCCGGAGCCUUCCAUCACCUGGUGGAGAACCUCCAACCAGACACUGGAUACCAGUUCAGCGUUCUUGCUCAAAACAAACUGGGCAGCGGUCCCUUCAGUGAGAUUGUUGCUGCGGUGCCGUUAGGCUUCUCAGCGAACACCAUGACACCCAACCUCCCAACUACCGUCUUGCAAGUCUUCCUUCCUCCACCCCAGUCCCUGAUGGCGAAUGAGACCACGCGGGGUGUCCUGCUGCUUUGGGAGCCCCCAUCACAGUACUCCGUGGCCCUGACCGGCUAUGCCCUGCAUCUACGACAAGACCAGGGUGGGUGGGAGAUACUCGAUGGAUCCAUUCCCAGCUCUCAGAGGCAGCUCCUGGUGCCCGGACUGAUCAAGGACGCCUUCUAUGAGUUCCGCUUAGUGGCCUUUGCUGGCAGCUACAUCAGUGAUCCUAGCAAUACAGUCAAUGUUUCCACAGCAGGCAUGGAGGUGUACCCCUCUCGCACCCAGCUCCACGAUCUCCUCCCCCAACCCGUGCUGGCCGGGGUCAUCGGUGGCGUCUGCUUCCUCAGCACAGCCGUCAUCUUCAGCACCAUGGCGGCGUGCAUCAUGAACCGGCGGCGAGCAGCCCGUCUCCGUAAACGUAGGCAGGAUCCACCAAUCGUCUUCUCCCCCAACAAGAAGCUUCUGCCUUCACAAAAUUCUACAGGCACUGCUAGUCCAGACAGUGUUGUGAAGCUGAAAUUCCAGACCUCCCCGUAUCAGAGCCUCCGCCGCACCCUGCUAUGGGGGGAAAAGGCUGGCACCAGCCUAGGCCUCAGCGUCACCCACGGCAACGCAAGACCUAGUUCCAAAUACAUGCUGUAUGAGAGCCAUGUUGGAGAGCCCCUGCCUCUGGAGCGCAUCUGCCGUGGCCCUGAUGGACGUUUUGUGGUACAAAGUGAAGCGAGGCCCCGAGAACACUUGGAGGCCAUGGUAGAACGAUAUUCCUUGUCCCUCACCUCUUCAGAAAGCAGUGCGAGCCAGCCGGAGCCUUAUUUGCAGGUUAACUCUCCCCCUGGGCCCGAAGAUCCUGUCUGGCAGAGGAGUGUCAAUCUGAGGCCAAAGAACACAAGCCAGGCCCGGCACGAAGCCAAGGCCUCUGGUUACCGCCAGGGGCGCUACUUUGACUACAGCAGCAGCAGCCCAACAGAGGAAGCCAAGCCUUUGUGUAUUGCUAACAUCAGCCCCGUGGCAACAGUGCCGUAUAGGACAACUGAGCAGCAAACCCCAGCCAACCGGGGCUUCGAAGGGCAGCUGGACAUCUCUGCUGCGGCUGCCGCUUCCUGUUCCUCCUCACCGAGCCAGCUGAGAAGCCCUUCCUUGCCAAUGUACUGUAUGCUUCAGGGCAGCCAAGCGAAAGCGAAUACCUCAGCCCAAAGCGGAAUCCUCCAGUACUUGAGUCUACCCUUUUUCAAGGAGAUGAAUGUGGAUGGCGACUGGCCCCCGGGGGAGGACGAGAAGGAGGAAGGGGGACAGCCUUCCAUGCCAGUCCUUCCUGAGGCUGCAGCUCCAGGUAGUGCCGAACUCACGCUGCGAGGAGACGAGGACAAAACAGUGUGUCCGGCUUAUAUGGACAUGCAAGCCAUUCCAGACUUCGCUGAGGAACAAGCUUCUGCUAAGAGUCUCCUCCGGCUUCCUGACACCAAUGCAGGCCCAGUGAAAGCCGCCUUGCCUGGCACCUCCAUCUGCCCCAAUUACCUCAGCUCUGUUUUGGAAAUGCCCCAAGAGCCAGGGCGUUGGACACAGACACUCUCGCCCCCCCAGCCUCUCACAGACAAUACCCAGACUGAGCCGGUGUACACGGUUCUCCCCCCAGAACGGGACUGGCUACACACAGUGGAGCUGCCCCCGGAGGCUCUGCCCCCUGAGAGACACAAAUUGCCCACUGCCGUUCCCCUGCCAGGCCUCCCCCCUGAGAAACCACUGAGGGGCAGCCUUACCAGCCAGAGCAGUGGCCGAGGCAGUGUGUCUUUCCUGAGACCCCCCUCAUUGGCACCAUCCUUAGGGGGCAGCUACCUCAGUUCCCCCUUUGGGGAAAUGGCCAGUUGGCAAAGCAGCUCUACAGGAGAGGACGGCAGACCCCAACCUUCCACCACUGCCAUCAGUAAAAGGAGGAACACAUCUGUGGACGAGAACUAUGAAUGGGACACAGAGUUUGCCCUGGAGUCUGACUUGCUGGACGCUCUGCAGCUCUACCGCAGCGAGAAUCCCAAAAGACCCGUCUCCACCAUUGCAGCCCACGAACUGGAGAAACAGAGUUCAAAGUCCUCCAGCGAAAGCAGCAGUUCGCCUUCCAACUCUCAGUCUGUGGGGGCCUUGGACAGGCCAAGCUCACCCGUGCCCAGCCCUGAGGAACGCUGCGCUGCUCUGCGCGAAGAAUUCCUGGCCUACCGCCGCCGCCGAGAAGCCACCCAGCAACGCCGGCAGAAGCCGGGCUCCGGCAGGAAGCGUGUCGGCGAGCAAUUUGAGCAGGCCACAUUGCUGUGAGGGGCUGGGGGGGCCCUCUUCCAACCUAACUUGCCCUGCUGCUCCCAUGAGGGGAGGGUGUCUCCACAAUCCCGGUGUGAAGAGUGGCGAUACCUAUCCUGGCAACUUUUUGGCUGAAGGAGGCACAUCCUCUAGCCUUGAGCUACAGGGAGAAACUGGAAAUCCCAAUCCAGAGAAAUUAAUGGUUCCCCAGAUGCCAGAGCACGGACGCCUCAGCGAGAACAUAGGGAGAAGGCGGGGCUGCAGAGCCCGUAAAUGCCCUGUUCUGAGGGGAGUGGAUUAGUUUAGCUAUUGGUUGUGUGAAUUUUUUUUUAUCAAUGGGAGGGCUGUUUUGUAAAACUGGAUAUUAAAAAAAGUUGUGUUAA